GCAAGCGGCAGGUGUCGAAGUAGCGAGACUAAAAUAAGUCUUUUCAACAAUUCCUAAGGACGCAGCGUCAUAACGAUAGUUAUGAAACUUAUCAAGACGUUAUUAUUGAUGAAGGUAGCAAUAUGUAUUCAAGCGUCGAUAGUCGGUGUAACGUACAUGGACGAUUUUGAUUUCGAAGAACGAUACAGAAACGUAAACGAAUGCAACCCCAUAUAUUGGCAUCCUUUACAUUUACCAAAAGAUUGCAUUGAUAUGUACGAAAAACUGAUUCGUUCGAAUUUAGGUUCUAUGGGACCUCUUCAAUUGUUUAAAGAUAGACUGUUCGAUGAAGUGGAAGAUGAUUCUGAAGAGAGUUACGAGUAUCAUCAUUUUGCACCAGAAUAUUUAUUGCCUCCAGUAAUUUCGGGGAAAAAAGAAGUGAUUUACGAAAAUAGGCAACCGUUAUCUCCUGUGAAAAAGAUGAUAGAAAUGAUGAGAAGUGACGCAAUGACUAUACCAACGGCACCAGAGAUAGGCAUAGCACCACAGUACGGGCCAAUUGCAGUAUAUCAUCAGCCGGUAUCUAAACAAAGUGAAAAGGCAAUUAAAGAAAUAGCAGAGGCAUACCAGAAAGCAAUGAUGCCACAUAAAACAAAGAAACACAAAAAAAGUUAA